UCUUUCUUUUCCAUUCUUUUUCAUCUCUCCAUCUUCCUUCCUUCCUCCUUUCAGACAUUCAUUCUUUGAAACAUUAACCAACUUCAAACUCAUACCAAGAUGGCUGCUAUCAAUGUCGAAAGUCUCAAGGUGCUCUCUGAGAAGUACCCCAAGCCUAGCUAUCGCUUCGGCUAUGGCACUGCAGGAUUUCGUAUGAAGGCUGAGCUCUUAGACUCUGUCGUUUUCCGCUCCGGUAUUGUGGCGGCUUUGCGCUCCAAGAAACUCGACGGAAAAGUCAUUGGAUGCAUGAUAACUGCCUCUCACAAUCCUGCUGCUGACAAUGGUAUUAAACUUGUGGAUCCUUUGGGCGAGAUGCUCGAAUCCUCUUGGGAGGCUCACUGUACUGCAAUUGCGAACGCAGAGUCAAACGAAGAAAUUAUCGACUAUAUCCACACAAUGGUCAACAAUUUGAAGAUCGAUCUUACAAAGCCUGCCAAUGUCGUUAUUGGACGCGAUACACGCCCCAGUGGAAAGGGGUUAGUUGAAGCCUUCAUUGACGGCCUUAAAGUCCUUGACGCUACUUACACGGAUCAUGGUAUCCUCACCACUCCUCAGCUCCAUUAUAUCACUCGCUGCCUCAACACCGCUGGAACCCCCGAGGCAUAUGGUGAACCUACUGCGGAAGGGUAUUAUAAGAAGUUGGCCGCAGCCUUUAAGGUCCUAGUUGAGGGUAAGAAUAAGCUUUCGCCUCUGAUUUUGGACUGUGCCAAUGGAGUCGGAGCUCCCAAGUUCAAAGAAUUCCUACCUUACUUGGGUGAUGCCUUGUCCUGCAAGAUUGUGAAUGACGAUAUUGACAACCCGGUCAAUCUGAACCUCAAUGCUGGAGCUGACUAUGUCAAAGUCCAGCAGCGUGCACCCGUCGGACUGAAGACAGCCCCUAAUGAGCGCUAUGCUUCCUUUGAUGGUGAUGCUGAUCGUCUUGUCUAUUAUUAUCAGGAUGAUGAUGGCACCUUCAGGCUAUUGGAUGGUGACAAGAUUGCAGGCCUUGCCGCCAUGUUCAUCAUCGACAUCGUUAAGGCUGCAGGUAUUGACAGUAUUUCCGUUGGUGUUGUUCAAACUGCUUAUGCCAAUGGAGCCUCGACUCAAUAUCUCCGCAACACCUUGAAUGUGCCCGUCUCUUGCGUUCCCACCGGAGUCAAGUAUUUGCAUCAUGAAGCCACAAAGUACGAUGUCGGAGUCUAUUUUGAGGCCAAUGGACAUGGUACCGUUCUCUUCAGCCCCACUGCUCUCAAAACUAUCUACUCUACUGAAGGAUCCACCCCAGCUCAAGCUGUUGCCGUUCGCUCCCUUCGUGCGCUUUCGGAGGUCAUUAACCAAGCUGUUGGUGAUGCCUUCUCUGAUCUUCUCCUUGUUGAAGCCAUCUUGACACAGAGACAAUGGACCCCUAAGGUCUGGGACCAGGCAUACACUGACCUGCCUAAUCGUUUGGUCAAGGUCGUCGUUAAGGAUCGUUCCAUUUUCAAGACCGUCGAUGCUGAGCGCAAGUUGGUCGAGCCCGCUGGACUGCAGGAUGCAAUUGACGCCAUCGUCCUCAAGUUCCGAGAUGGACGCUCCUUUGUUCGUCCCUCUGGAACUGAGGAUGUGGUUCGUGUCUAUGCUGAGGCGGCCACUCGCCCUGAGACGGAUGAGCUCGCAUUCAGGAUUGGUGGACUUGUCUUUGACUACAACUCUUGCGGCUCUGGCACUCGUCCUCGCGAGUUUAUCUAGGCAGCGGAACUACACUAUUGCACAUACUCCUCCCUUUCCCUUCCUUUCCAUGAUCCCAUUGUAGAAUAGAUCGAAGAUAUAGCAUCUGGUCGCAAGUCUUCAUAUCCCAAACCCUUCUUAUCAAUGCUUACUUAUAGCCUUGAACAUUAAAAACAAAAAAAAAA